CAUAGGUUCGUCUGAAUUUUUGUCUUGGAAAUCAUAUUUGUGAUUGAGGACCGAAGGGAACUGUGUUUUGUUUCACAGUUUAUGGUCCCCGCUAUUGAGUUGGACUGGAAGAGAUAGGUGGCCACAGGGAACUUUUUGAAGCUUGAUAAGCCACUUUGAGGAAAAGAGAGCAUUUAUGCUCUCAAUUUUAUCUGAUGGCACCAGUUGAGAAGGACACAUCAGGAUCACGAAACACUUCUAGGAAAAUGCCGAAGAAGCCGGCCUCAAAAGGCCGAGUUCCACCUUCAUUAAAGUCAAUCCGAUCAAUGCCUACUGAUAUCAGGUCUGCAGAGAGGUCUCAUACCACAAGUAACAAAAUUUCUUCUGUCAUUCCUGAAAACAACGACUGUGCUGGUGAAGUUGUGAACGGCUUAGAUAAAAUGGAGCAGACCAAUGAGGAUUCUCCCUACAGUAGUAAAACCGUAUCUUUGGAAGAGACAGAGAUGCCUUUAGAAGGCGAUGGAAACUUGGAUUCUGCGACGUCUUCUCUGCCUACACACUCGCCAUCCCAUAGCGAUUCCAGGUGGAGUGAUACUAACGUUUAUGCUGCUGCCAAGAAGAAGAAGAAGCAUCAAUUUUGGUGUCAACUUCCAAACGGCGACUGGGCUCUGGGGAAGAUUUUGUCAACUUCAGGGGUUGAGUGUGUUUUCUCGCUUCCUGUGGGAAGAGUUUUGAAUGUCAAUGCUGAAAGCCUAUUACCAGCAAAUCCUGACAUCCUUGAUGGUGUAGAUGAUCUAAUGCAGCUUAGUUAUUUAAAUGAACCAUCAGUAUUGUACAACCUUCAAUAUAGAUACUCUCAAGACUUGAUAUAUACUAAAGCAGGACCAGUGCUGGUUGCCAUCAAUCCCUUCAAGGAAGUCCCCUUGUAUGGAAAUGAUUAUAUUGAAGCGUAUAGGCGUAAAUCUAUUGAAAGUCCACAUGUGUAUGUGAUCGCAGAUACAGCCAUCCGUGAGAUGAUACGAGAUGAAGUCAACCAAUCAAUAAUUAUAAGUGGUGAAAGUGGAGCAGGGAAAACUGAAACAGCAAAGAUAGCAAUGCAAUAUUUGGCUGCACUUGGAGGUGGUAGUGGAAUAGAAUAUGAAAUACUGAAGACUAAUCCCAUAUUGGAAGCCUUUGGUAAUGCAAAAACAUCAAGAAAUGACAACUCGAGUCGUUUCGGUAAGCUAAUUGAAAUUCACUUUAGUGAAACUGGAAAAAUCUCUGGUGCUAAAAUUCAGACAUUUUUACUUGAAAAGUCAAGGGUGGUCCAAUGUUCAGAGGGAGAAAGAUCAUACCAUAUAUUUUAUCAGCUCUGUGCAGGAGCUCCACCAGCACUUAAAGAGAAGUUGAAUUUAAAGAAUGCAAAUGAGUACAAGUAUUUGAGCCAGAGCAGUUGCUUUUCUAUUUCUGGGGUGGAUGAUGUUGAAAGGUUUCGCAUUGUUAUGGAAGCUAUGGAUAUUGUUCAUAUUAGUAAAGAGGAUCAGCAUACUGUUUUUGCCAUGCUUGCUGCUGUUUUGUGGUUGGGCAACAUCUCUUUUAAUGUGAUUGAUAAUGAAAACCAUGUCGAAGCUGCAGUAGAUGAAGGUCUAAACACAGUUGCCCAAUUGAUUGGUUGUACUGUUGAUGCACUAAGUCUAGCUUUGUCAACUCGCAAAAUGAGAAUUGGGAAUGAUAAUAUUGUCCAAAAGCUUACACUAUCUCAGGCAAUUGACACAAAAGAUGCAAUGGCCAAAUCAAUCUAUGCUUGCUUGUUUGAGUGGCUGGUUGACCAAAUCAACAAAUCACUGGAAGUAGGAAAGCGGCGUACAGGCAGAUCCAUCAGCAUUCUUGACAUCUAUGGCUUUGAAUCAUUCGAUAAAAAUAGUUUUGAGCAGUUCUGCAUAAAUUAUGCAAAUGAGAGAUUGCAGCAACACUUCAAUCGCCACUUGUUCAAGUUAGAGCAGGAGGAAUAUAUCCAAGAUGGCAUAGACUGGGCAAAGGUUGACUUUGAAGACAACCAAGACUGUCUAAAUCUGUUUGAGAAGAAACCGUUGGGUUUACUGUCUCUGUUGGAUGAGGAGUCUACUUUCCCAAAUGGCACCGACUUGACAUUUUCUGACAAGCUGAAGCGGCAUCUGAACUCUAAUUCUUGCUUCAGAGGAGAACGAGACAGUGCUUUCACUGUCCUCCAUUUUGCAGGAGAGGUUACAUAUGAUACAAUUGGGUUCUUAGAGAAGAACAGGGAUCUAUUGCACUUGGACUCUAUUCAGCUUCUGUCAUCUUGCACAUGCCGACUCCCUCAGAUAUUUGCAUCCAAUAUGCUUAUGCAGUCUGAGAAACCAGUGGUGGGUCCUAUAUAUAAAUCGGGUGGAGCUGAUUCCCAGAAGUUAAGUGUUGCAACAAAGUUUAAGGGUCAACUUUUCCAACUAAUGCAACGGCUUGGGAACACAACACCUCACUUCAUUCGCUGUAUCAAGCCCAACAAUUUGCAACGUCCUGGAAUCUAUGAACAGGGACUUGUAUUGCAGCAGCUAAGAUGUUGUGGAGUCCUCGAGGUGGUUCGUAUAUCAAGAUCAGGCUACCCUACUAGGAUGUCUCACCAAAAAUUCGCAAGAAGAUACGGUUUUCUUCUUCUCGAGAGUGUUGCGUCUCAAGAUCCAUUAAGCGUUUCAGUUGCAAUUCUACACCAGUUCAAUAUUCUGCCAGAGAUGUAUCAAGUGGGCUACACAAAAUUAUUUUUCCGAACAGGGCAGAUUGGUGUGCUUGAGGAUACUAGAAAUCGUACGCUCCAUGGCAUUUUACGGGUCCAGAGCUGCUUCAGAGGUCACCAGGCUCGCUCUUAUGUCAAGGAGUUCAGAAAAGGAAUCUCCACACUGCAGUCAUUUGUUCGGGGUGAGAAAACCAGAAAGGAGUAUGAGACCUUAGUAAAAAGGCAUAGAGCUGCUGUGAUUAUCCAAAAGCAGAUAAAAGGAAAAGUUGCUAGGAAAAGUUACAUGAAUAUUCGUGAGGCAUCAGUGUUGAUACAGUCAGUUAUUCGAGGCUGGCUUGUUAGAAGGUGUUCUGGAGAUGUAGAUUUACUUAACUCAACCAAGAAAUUUGAAGGCACAAAGGGUUCUGAAGCAGAUGAGGUAUUGGUAAAGGCAUCAGUCCUUGCAGAGCUACAGCGUAGAGUUUUGAAGGCUGAAGCUGCUCUGAGAGAAAAGGAAGAGGAAAAUGACAUCCUCCACCAACGGCUCCAGCAGUAUGAGAGUCGGUGGUCUGAGUAUGAGGUAAAGAUGAAGUCAAUGGAAGAAGUAUGGCAGAAACAGAUGGGAUCCCUACAGUCCAGUUUGUCCAUUGCAAAGAAGAGCCUUGCGGUUGAUGAUGCCGCAAGAUUGUCUGAUGCUUCAGCCAGUGGUUACAGCUCAGAUCUUGGAAGUGACAAUAACAGGGGCCCGGAGAGCAAUGGGGUGGGAUCUGGUUCACGGUUUUUAGGCAGAGAAAUGAGUGCAGGUUUCAGUGUUCUCAAUCGGAUGGCAGAAGAAUUUGAGCAGCGGACGCAGGUAUUCAGUGACGAUGCUAAGUUCUUAGUGGAAGUGAAGUCGGGACAGUCAGAGUCUGGUAUAAACCCAGACCAAGAGUUAAGGAGGUUGAAGCAGUCUUUUGAAACAUGGAAGAAGGAUUAUGCAUCAAGAUUACGGGAGACAAAGUCGAUACUGCAGAAGCUUGGAAGUGACGCAGGAAGUGUUGACAAAAAAAAGACGUGGUGGGGAAGGAGAAACAGCUCGAGGUUCAAUUAACUAUGAUCUGCAUUUAGGUUAUAAGUAUAUCGAUUUGAUUGUUUUUCGAUCAGUAUAGAUUUUGAAUAGAAAAAUUUGUUAACAUUGUUGUUGCAGCUGAAAGUAGAGAGGUACUUCCAGUUGCAUUUCAAUGCCGAGUGAGUUCAUAUUGUAAGUGCCUAUUGGAAAUGCUAGUAUUCUGUUGAAAGAAACAGAUUCUGGUACACGAAUCAAUGUAUUUCUUUCCACAUAUGUUGUGUAUAGGGUUAUUGGAGAUGUAUCUCAUGUUUGCAUUGAAGCUUCUAUUAUAAAAGAUGCCUUUUGUAUU